CUCUGUCCUGGUCCGGCUCUGUCCUGGUCCGGUUCUGUCCUGGUCCGGUUCUGUUCGUGUGUCAGAUGGAGGACGCCGGCGCCAUCAGGUCCUGGUUCUCCAGCCCGGUCUACAGACGCUACUGGCAGCACUACCAGCAGGCCAUGGGCUGGUACCGGAGACACAGACGGGCCUACAGGAAGUCCUGGGAGGCGGCCCGCGGCCCGGUUCACUGGCACGAAGGAUGUCCCGACGGCCAGCAGCGCUACGCCGACUGGCAGACCGGAGAGAGCGAGGAGGAGGAGGAGGAGGGAGGAAGCAGCUCGGACAGCGACAUCGAGUGUGACGUCAGCAACAUGGAGAUCAGCGAGGAGCUCCGGCAGUAUUUCGCCCACACGGAGAGACAUCGAGAGGAGCUCAAGAGGCAGACGGAGGCCGAGCAGCAGGACGCGUACGUCCCCGCCGACCAGGACCUGCGCAGCGUCUCCUGCCGCGGCAGCGUGGCUCCUCCCUCUGAGCGGCCGGGGGAGAGGCGGGCCGCCGAGAUGAAGAAGCUGUACGGCCGAGACGCCGCCAAGAUCCAGGCCAUGGAGGCGGCCAUGCAGCUGAGCUUCGACAGGAACUGUGACCGGAAGCAGCCCAGGUACUGGCCCGUCAUCCCUCUGAGACUGUAGGAGGAGGAGACGCAGGAGGAGGAGACGCAGGAGGAGAAGACGAGCCCCCUCAGCGUCUGAUGGACUGUGGCCGUCUGAGCUGCAGCUGUGGAGCUAAAGUCGAGUUACUCUGAGG